AGUGUAAGAAAUCUAGUCAAUAUCCAAAUUUGGUGAAGGGAGGGUUAAGAACGUCGUCGUUCUGAAGCAUAUAUGUUGGGGCCGUGGCGGCGAGGAGGGCGUAGAGGAGGAGUAGGAGGAGGAGGAGGGUGGAUUGAGCCGUGGUUUGGGUCUGAAGCGUGGGACCCUUUCGGCUUAGGAAUAUCUGACUGGGAAGAACAAGGCGGCGGUGAUGAAACCUCUGCUGUCGCUAAUGCUCAUGUUAAUUGGCGUGAGACCGACAACGCUCACAUCUUUGUUGCUGAUCUUCCUGGAGUGAAAAAAGAGGACGUGAAGGUCCACGUGGAGGACGGCAACAUGUUGCAAAUACGCGGGCAGAGGGUUCAGGAGCAGGAGAAGACUGAAGACAAGUGGCACCGCGUGGAGAGGCAGCUUGGCAGUUUCGUGAGGCGGUUUUGGCUGCCCAAGAAUGCUGACUCGGAUAAGAUCAAAUGCGGACUCGAAAACGGGGUGCUGAACGUAACAGUUCCGAAGAAGGACGCAGAGCAGAACCCAAAAGAUGUUAGAACCAUUGAUGUGGCCUAGUGAGCUCUCUUGUAGAAUUAAGGGCUUUUUUUUAUAGUCGAAAUGGAUAAAGUUUUUUUUGUGCUUUGAGAAGGAUAUUUUCCAUCUACCACGAACUUUUAUUUAUUUAUUUAUUUAUUUAAUUUUUAAUUUUUUAUGUCACGCUAACUGAAUUGCAAAGAGUCCAUCAUAAAGUAAAAUACAACAAAUUCUUGGCACCUGAAACUCAGCCUAUGUUGAAGGCUUCGGAAUAGCAUACACCACCUCAAACU